UCCAUGUUUGGUUCUGGUUCUGAUGCAGAGCAGAACCAGAACCAGCAGAUCUUUAGUGUAUUUUACUGCUAAGCCGUUUAUAAAGUAACAGAAAUAUUUUAAAGUCCGUUCUCUGAUCUGUAGCAGUUGCUGCCGCUGGAUGAGUUUCUCUAGAUCUGGCUGAAACAUUAGUCCUGUAAUCCCGGAAAUGUUCUUCAGGUGAUAGAAGGCCGACUUUGUAACUGUCUUUAUGUGACUCUGAAGGUUCAGGUCGGAGUUCAGCCUGAUCUCUAGUUUCCAGCUGCAGUAACUGAAGCUGUGCGUUGAGUCUAGAUUGUUCCUCUGUCGGUCCAAACAUAAUAACGUCAGUGUGUUUGGGUUUAAACAUCCGUUCAGUGAUUGGAUGGGUUCAGAGUCACCUGGUAGAGCUGAGUAUCAUCUGCAUAGUUAUGGUAGCUAAUCUUAUUGAAUAAUAACUCAAUGCUCUCCUUUAUUGUACCUAAUUUUCUAAACAUAACUCCUGAUUGACCAAGUCUCCUAUAUGCGCUGUAUUUGGGUCAAAUUAGGUCUAGAUUAAAACUUUUAUUCUAGGUGCAUAACUGUGUGUGCAUUCGAUGAGUACUGCGUUCAAUAUCUUUUCACACUGAUCCGUCACUCCAGAAAUUAAUGAUUGUUUUUUUUGGAUUUUCAUUUGAGAUCAAAAUUGCUGGUUUUCUGUAGAUAAAUUAAAAGUCUUUGCAAAGAAUUUUGCGACAUUUGCGCUUAUGUAUGACCGUAAAUCUGAUUUUUUUGUUUUACGCCUGAGGCAGCAGAGGAGAGGAAGGAAGGAACACUGCCACCUGCAGGUGGGAGUUAGCAUCUGUUAACCCAACGUUUUUGACCAUUCUUAGAGGAAAAUUAGCAAUUAAUGCACACUGACACUUUGUAAAUUUGAGAAAAACUGGAGGGACUGAUUGAUUUGAUUUGGCAGCAAACAAAAAAUAACCCUGAUUGAUAAAAUAAAAUUUAAGCACAUAAGGUUUUAACUCUGGAGUCCAGAGGGCCACUUAAAAAGCUAUGGUACGCCAGAUUUGGCCCCCGAACCUUGAGUAUAACAGUCUUCAACUUUAAAAGCCUAGUAAAACUUUAAUAACACUUUUAAUUAAGUUCUUGUAAAUUAGUAAUGGAAAUAUUUCCAGUAGUAAAGGAUCAAAAGCCUCCUGAUUGCGUAUCUGAAUUUGCUGAAACAUAAAAGGCGUGUUUGGUGUGUCACUCAGCGGAACGAGGAAAAAGAUCAUUCCUCAAAGGAAGCUUAUCAGAUUUUAUGUGAGUUGCCAGCUUUUAUGUUUUCGUCUCCAUCGAACCUGUCCUUUAUUCAGUUUGCAGUAAACUUUAAGUAUCUGCUGCUUUUGUUGUGUAACUAGGUGUGCAAAGGUUUGUGUGUUGGCUUGGCUGUUAUCUUGGGAGAUCUGCCCUCAGAUAACGAUCUGAUCUGAUACACCCACAAGGAAGAGGAGAUAAAACAUUUUGGGAAUUUAUCCGACUGACUGGAUCGUCUCACAGGUAACAGGAGGACUGUGGACAAAGUUAAGAAAAAGAUAUGGAGACUUUCCACUGAUGGACAUUGACCCCUGUAGAGGUUCAUCUACAUAAAGGAAUGAGUCACAUUAUACAGCAAUGUGAAUAUGUUUUAUGGUCUCUGCUUGAAAUGUGGCUGCAUUCAACUUAAAAGGAAAAGAAAUAAAAGUUUUUUUACUGAUUUGGAAAAAUAAGUUAGGAUAAAAUCUUUAGAGUAACUAAAACACUAAAAUCAAGUGUAUGUGAUGAAUUUCUAAAAAUUACUCUUAUCAAGGAGGGAUGAAAAUCAGCCCAUGUGGAUUGUCCAUUAUCCUGAACCCUUAAAGAGUAGAGUGUCAAAGUCCUGCCCCAAGUUACACCUGAUAGUCCGGUAAACUCGGUUCAGUCGGAACCAAAUUUGCAACAUUUGUUGCAUUUUCAGCUGCUUUGGUUCGCUUUCACACUGCACUGUACCAAACGACCCAAACUAAUCUAAAAACCUGUUCCCCUCCUCACCUGUGGGGGCGCUGCACCAAGAACCACCGAAGGAAGCAACACAAAAACCUCUGAAGAAGACACUGAGCUCAACUUCCUUCUUCACAAAAUGUAAACAAAAGUGGAGUGGGAUCAGAUUUUAGGAGUUGUAGGAUUUCUCUUUUGUCUUUGGUAAAAGAUCACGAGCCAUUUUCCUGCUAGCGCUAGGCUAACAUGUUUGUUUUGGUUGUAUUUACCCAGAAUGCCCUGCGUGCAGUCCACUUCUUGCUGUUGGAGUGGUGUCCAGUCCGCUUGGCGUUCACAUAUGCAUUCAAGCCACGCAAUAGAUCACUUCAACCGAACCGAGACUUAACCACAUCAGAGUUCAAUUGUGCGUUCACAUCUCCCCAAACGAACCGGACUUUCUUGGCAAACGGACUGGAGUUGGAUUAAAGCGGAGUAAACGAGGCUGGUUUGAAUGCGUCCUAAAUAUCUCAGGUCUUGUUCACAAAUGAGGGAAAAAUGGAGAAGAACAACUGAUGGAUUAGUUCGUAUUGGUCUGUUGUGGUUAAGAGAACAGAGCCGAAAGACGAAGUUCUCGGUUUAUCAGUUGACCAACAUUCCAACCCUCAUCUAUAAUCACCAACUCCGGGUAGUGAUUAUAUCUGGUUUUACCUUUUCGCUAACGUUUUGCUAUGUAAUGAGCCAACUUGGUUGUGAAGACGCUACGCUAUGAAGCUUACUGGAAAUUUUGUGCACUGUGAGCAACCCCAUAGGAAGAGCCAUGACAUCUUUGCCAACAAUAAAAUUCAAAUGGCAAAGGUCAACUGAGUAAAGUUACCUUUGUUUAUUGUACUGUUGAGGUUAUAUGCUUUUAUUUUGGUAGCUUUCUUGUGAAUGUAGCCAUUCUGAAAAGUUAACAGCAAAAAAACUGAAAAAAGGAUCAAAAGCAACUCAAUUUUAGCUUCAGUCAUUUAUGGAAGAAGGUUACAUAAAGUGGGACUGAAGUAUGUUUGAGUGAAUGUUUAUGGAAAAACCUGCAAUUGCUAGUAUUAAUGAAAAGAACUGUACGGAUGCAAUGGGCUAUGCUUAACAACGGAUGGUGAAAACGAUUGUAACUAUUGUUAUUUGUUCCUGUCUAGCUCGUAUGUUGGUUGAUGAUACGGAUGGCUUUAGUAAUUUGACUGGAAGCUACAAAAAUGUCUUAAACAUUCAAACAUUUUGGAAGCAUUUUGAGUAAUUUGAUCAACGCGUCAGGAGGGAGGAGCUGUGGGUCGGUUUCUAAGCUAACUGUUUCUAAACACCGCCGUCUGUGAACCCCAACUGUUACGUUCACAGACAAAUUAGCUCGACUCGAACAAGUUCAGUCGCUCUGUUUAAUACUCCCGUCCCUCACUUCCGACAUUAAUAAGUGACGUAGUUACAAAGGGUCAAUAUCUGACAAAAUAUGAUAUUCAUUGUAAAGAUUUGAUCAGCAAAAAAUGCUAAAAAUACUAAAAGGCUAAUUGGAUUCCAGUUGAGUAGGAACUUCUUUCUUUUGCGCGUCUGACUAGAUGUUGAGCAACAGUUUGUUAAACCAACAGAUUGACCACAGAAAGCUUUGUAAUUGUCCUUUAAUUGUAGUUUUUACUGCAAAUGAUGAGGAGGUGAAAUUGUUGAAGCCGUCGCCAUAUUCUCGUUAAAGUCGCGUGCCAGUAAAACUUCCCCCUCCUCCUCCAGCGAUAACUCUCUGGAUUUUAUGUUCCUGUCACAAACCUAAUGGCUUGUCCAUUUAAAACACUGGGUAACCACGGCAACGCCAGCCCGUGUCACCGACUUUUUAACAGGUGAGACCAAAGUGCGAGUUGAAGAAGCACAUUUUGAGCGGCAUUAUGAGUGAGCGUGUAAUGGCGGCCGGUUAAGCGAUGCACACAGCAGUGAGUAUGCAAACGUUUUCCCUCCAGAGAGAGGAGCCGUCAUCAGCUGACCAGGAAGAUCAAUUACAUAAAUGAUAUUUUUAAUGACGUCAUAAAAGAUUAAUAAAUGUUGCGAUGAAAAAAAAAAUCAACAAGAAUGUUUGUGCUCAUAUGUAUCUGAGACGCGCGUUCUUAGAGAAUUAUGCAAAUUUCUUUUACAGUACAGGUUGGAAACAUUUUUUUAACAAGCAAAAUUUCCACUUUUAACACGUGUAACUUACAUUUUUAUCUUAAUAUUAUCUGUAUGUUGUGCAUUUAAAUGGCCGGCUUUCAUGUGAGUAAAAUUUCUGGAUACAUGCUUGAACCAAAAACGCAUAAGAUUCAGACACACAUUCAGAUAGUUUAUGUCAAAGUGAGACUUCUUGUUUAUUUCCAGUCUUUGUUGUUUUUUCUGUCUGCUGAGUCUGUUGAACCAUUUUAAAUGCACAAUAAAACUUUAUGUCCUAUUCUAACACACAAUACACAAACAUUUUCUACUGAGACUGAGUGUGUGAUUGAAAAUAUUGUUUAGAAAAGUAUUUUGUAAUUAUUUGUAUUAAUUUAGUCCCUAAAAUGCCGGAAUUUGAACAUAACUUCAUAUUUUUGUUUGUUUACAUCAUGUUUAACCUGAGUAAAAAUAUGUUGAAGUACUUCUAGUCUUACUUUAGUGCAAUUUAUGGCUGCAGAACUUAGUCAUUUCUCUGUUUUGUCAUUUUCACCUAAAUUACAGCAAAAUGAAACCAAACUGUGGACUUAAUCAUCUUUAUUUUAGAAAAGUCCUCUUCCAUUUUUUUAUACAUGCAGACAUAUUCAUUACAUUAGGAUAUACGUUUCCAGAUUAAAAUUAGGAUAUACAUACGUUUCCAGAUUAAAAUUACCUUUAGGCAUUUUCCUUCAGACCAAAUUUCUACUCAUAUUUUUUAUUGAUUGUAAAAUUCUGACAGUAAUGUUACAUUUUCUGCCACUGUAAGCAGAAAGUCACUAAUUAAGAUAAAUAAAAACUUGUGAAUAACAGAUUGUGUGCAAUUCAUGGAUAUGACAUGUUUAAUUUAUGGACUGGGUUUGUUAAUGAGGCAGCUUGUGUUCUGUAUCUGCAGCUCCAUGUUGUUUUAAUGAUUUUAAAGAACUUUUCAGUUACUGCUUGCCUGGUUGUCCUUUAACUACACAGUUAGGCGUCUCUCCUCCAGACCGGAGCAGCUGGUCUCUCCGCUCAUGAAGCUUUAUUUCUCUGAGCUGUGGGCAUAAAGAGCAGAGAAGAGGAGUCGUCCCCUCACUUUCACCAUCUUCCUCUGGACCAGGAUCUAACCGCCGCAUUAUCCAACAUGGCGACGAUGAGCUGCGACGCUCUGGCCACGGUCUGCUCCGGGCCGGACUGCCUCGUCCCUCCCAGCAGCUUCAACGCCAUCCUGGGCGUGGUGAUGAGCACGGUGCUCACGGUGAUGCUGGCGCUGGUCAUGUUCUCCAUGGGCUGCACCGUGGACGCCUCCAAGCUGUGGGGCCACAUCAGGCGGCCCUGGGGCAUCUUCAUCGGCUUCCUCUGCCAGUUCGGCAUCAUGCCAUUCACGGCUUUUGCGCUGUCCUUGGCUUUCGGGGUGCUCCCGGUGCAGGCCAUCGUCAUCAUCGUCAUGGGCUGCUGUCCGGGAGGAUCCAGCUCCAACAUCAUCUGCUACUGGCUGGACGGAGACAUGGACCUGAGCAUCAGCAUGACGACCUGCUCCUCCAUCUUGGCUUUGGGCAUGAUGCCGCUCUGCCUGUUCGUUUACACCAGCGUCUGGACUUCCAGCGACACCAUAAAGAUCCCGUUCGACAGCAUCGGGAUCACACUCGCAGCCCUUCUUAUACCCAUUGCAGUCGGGAUUUUUGUGAAAAACAAGUGGCCUCAAUUUGCGAAAAAGAUCCUGAAGGUUGGUUCCAUCACGGGUUUUGCUCUCAUCAUAAUCAUUGCCGUGGUUGGAGGCGUCCUCUACCAAUCCUCCUGGGUCAUUGCUCCCUCCUUGUGGAUAAUUGGAACCAUCUACCCCUUCAUUGGGUUUUUCCUUGGUUUCCUUUUGGCCCGGUUCGUGGGUCAGCCCUGGUACAGAUGUCGAACAAUUGCGCUUGAAACUGGUUUCCAGAACUCCCAGUUGUGCAGCACCAUCGUCCAGUUGUCUUUCAGCCCUAAAGAGCUGGAGGUCAUGUUUGCCUUCCCCCUCAUCUACAGCAUCUUCCAGCUGGCUGCGGCCGUCUGUGCUGUGAGCGCCUACCAAGCGUACAAGAAGUGUUGUGGAAAAGGUGGCGGCGCGGACGAUGAGCCCAGAAGAGAAGAAGACGAGCUUAAAAAGACGAGCUACGAUCUGGAUAACAAAGCCUUCGAUUCCAACGAACUGAAGGGAACCUACUACAUAAACCAGUGAGACUCCAACAUGCUGCAGAAAUCUUUAGACCUCCUGAAGACGCUACUAUCACUGGACUGUGAACACACACCGCCCCCUAGAGGUUGAAAUGCGUGAUGCAAAGGGAAAAUGCAACAGUUAGGCGGUGCGUGGCGCCCCUGACUGACCCAGUCUUUGUUUGAGCUUAAUGUCCUGCUUUCUUUUAAUUUAUUCAUGUAGAUAUUUAAAAACAGCUCCAGCUACACUGCAAAACCUACAUUUUACCAAGUAUUUUCUAGUGCAAAUACCUUAGUACACUUGAAAUAA